UUUUUUUGCGCACGUGACCGUGUGACGUCACGGGCGAAAACGGAAGAGGAUAUCGUGCUGCUGAGGUUCCUCUAGAAGAAGAACAUCAUGCAGAGUACGACGAAUUACCUGUGGCUCAUCUCAGACCUGCUGGGCCAAGGGGCCACGGCUAACGUGUACCGAGGCAGACACAAGCAUGGAGGCGUCUGCUCAGACGUACAGAUGAGUGACAAUAGCAAGAAAACAGGUGACCUCUAUGCCGUCAAAGUCUUCAACAACCUGAGUUUCCUGAGGCCUCUGGAUGUGCAGAUGAGAGAGUUUGAGGUGCUGAAGAAACUCAACCACAAGAACAUCGUCAAGCUUUUCGCCGUGGAGGAGGAGUCGAACACACGACACAAGGUCUUGGUUAUGGAAUACUGUCCAUAUGGCAGUCUGUACACAGUCCUGGAGGAGCCAUCUAACGCUUAUGGUCUCCCUGAAGACGAGUUCCUCAUCGUCCUGCAGGAUGUUGUGGCUGGAAUGAACCAUUUGCGGGAGUAUGGAAUAGUCCACCGAGACAUUAAGCCGGGGAACAUCAUGCGUGUGAUUGGGGAAGAUGGACGCUCUGUAUACAAGCUUACAGAUUUCGGGGCAGCGAGAGAGCUGGAGGAUGAUGAGCAGUUUGUGUCGCUGUAUGGGACAGAGGAGUACCUGCAUCCGGACAUGUAUGAGAGGGCCGUGUUGAGAAAAGACCACCAGAAGAAGUACGGAGCCACAGUGGACCUAUGGAGCAUCGGCGUCACAUUCUACCAUGCCGCUACGGGCAGCCUGCCAUUCCGACCUUUCGAAGGACCUCGAAGGAACAAGGAAGUUAUGUACAAGAUUAUUACUGAGAAACCCUCAGGAGCCAUCUCAGGACAGCAGAAGUUUGAGAACGGCAAGAUCGAGUGGAGCACAGAGAUGCCGGUGUCCUGCAGCCUCUCGAAAGGCCUACAGAGUCUGCUAACCCCAGUACUAGCCAACAUUUUGGAGGCAGACCAGGAGAAAUGCUGGGGAUUUGACCAGUUCUUUGCCGAGACCAGUGACAUCCUGCACCGCACGGUGGUUUACGUCUUCAGCUUACAGCAAGCCACGCUGCACCACGUCUACAUCCACACGUACAACACAGCCACACUUUUUCAGGAGCUGCUCUUCAGACGCACAAACAUCAGCCCUCCCAAUCAGGAGCUCCUGUAUGAGGGCCGACGCCUCGUGCUGGACCCCAACAGACAGGCUCAGACAUUCCCACGCACCAGCAGGGACAAUCCCAUUAUGCUCCUCAGCAGGGAACUUGUCAAUACUGUUGGACUCAUCUUUGAAGACCCGAGCCCUCCCAAAGUCCAGCCACGAUAUGAUUUGGAUUUGGAUGCCAGCUAUGCAAAGACGUUUGCCGGAGACGUGGGCCACCUGUGGAAAACCUCGGAGUCGUUACUCGUCUAUCAGGAGCUGGUGAGGAAAGGAGUGAGGGGGCUCAUAGAGUUGAUGAAAGAAGACUUCAAUGAGGCGGCGCAUAAGAAAGCGGAGGUUUUCCACAUGUGUAACCACUGCAAUCAAACCCUGGAGAAAACCCAACAGCUAUGUGCAACAUUAAUGCAGGGAAAUAUGUUAUCAACUGAAUAUGAUGAAAUCUCAGACUUGCACAAGAAAGUGAUUAGACUGUCUAACUCACUAGGCUCCAUGGAUCAGACCAUGCAGGACCUCAAAAACAAAUUCCUUCCUGGAGGAAUGCUGACAGAUACGUGGACACAGCAAGUUGGCACACACCCUGAAGACAGAAAUGUGGAGAAAAUCAAAGUGCUUCUUGACGCCAUUACAGCCAUCUAUCAACAGUUCAAGAAGGACAAAGCUGAACGACGUCUACCUUACAAUGAAGAACAAAUCCACAAAUUUGACAAGCAGAAGCUGGUGCUUCAUGCCACCAAAGCUCGAGCCCUGUUCACAGAAGAGUGUGCAAUGAAGUAUCGGCUCUUCAUCUCCAAGAGCGAGGAGUGGAUGAGGAAGGUGCAUCAUGUUAGGAAGCAGCUGCUGUCCCUGAACAACCAGUUUCUCAACAUGGAACAGGAAGUGACUGUGAUCAUGCAGCGUGUGUACAAGAUUCAGGAACAGCUCCCACAGAAGAUCAUGCCCAUUCAGUCCAGCGGCAUCAAGCCCCAGGCUUACCUCAGCCAGAGCACUCUCGUGGAAAUGACGGCGGGGAUGAAGAAAUUGAAAGAGGAGAUGCAAGGAGUAGUGAAAGAGCUGGCAGAAAACAAUCUCUUCUUGGAGAGGUUCGGCACUCUGACAGUAGAUGGUGGACUGAGAAAUGUGGACAGGAUCUGAGAGCACAGCGGAGCUACAAGACACGACGCUGCUUGAAGAGAUAGUUCCGACGAAAAAAGGAAGAAAGAAACGGUGUGCGAUGCAUUUUUGCUGAAACUAUUCCUUUAUGGCCAGUGUUCGUUUUUGAAGGGAUAAAUAAGAUUGCCAAAUAUAUAUUUCUGUAUAUAUGUCCAUGUAAAUAAUAAUCACUUAAAGAGAAUUUAUUUCAUUUUCUUUCCUUUUCUUAAAUCUAUCUGUAAGUUAAAUAAGAGCUGCCUGCUUUUCAGCCUGAUGGCCUGCUUAUCUUGACAUCCAUUCAUCUGUGCUUGUUUUCCAAUCCUUCUUUUCCCCUUGCACUCCAUUUUUCUAAGACGCAUACGACCUUCAGAUAAUUAGACUGUACUGUAUUGGUCUCUUAAUUCUGCCCAUGCGCGACAUUAAAGACUGCAAACCUGCUA